AUGAAACUGAGGUUGCGGGAUAGGAUCCCAGAUACGGACGUACUGGAACGGACGGGAAUCCUCAGCAUCAACGUUAUGCUGAGACAGCUACAACUACGCUGGAGCGGCCACCUCGCGCGGAUGGACGACGAGAGGCUACCCAAACGACUCUUCUAUGGAGAUGUCGCGACUGGUUCACGCCGACAAGGUCAAAUCCGGCGCUACAAGGAUACGCUGACAUCCACCUCGGAGUGCCUGCAGAUCAACCCGGCCAACUGGGAAGAUCUCGCCCGUGUUCGACCUACGUGGAGAACAGUGAAGACAGGCGCAGCAAUUUUCGAAGCCAAACGCGAGACACCCAAAUCUCGACUGCCGUCGUCGCCACCUCACAACGCCAAAGCCCAAGCACCUCCGACAACGAUGUCCCCCAUCAGCCUGUCGAUAAUAAUCAAUUUUGAAGAAGGCACGAUCGCCAGGACAAUCGAUUUACUGCUGUCAUUAAAAGCAGACUACUGGAACAGCCUUGGUACUCCUUGA